AUGUCAACUUCAGAUGAUUCAGAUUCGUCUUCAGUGUAUGAAGAUCAAGAUGAUUCUUCAGAUGAUGAAAAUAUUUCGAAUACUGUUGUUACUCAGGAACAAUGGGUUAAAUUAAUUGAAUUUUGUUCAUUUAAAACUCAAUCGAAUGAAUCUGUGACAAGAGGUAUUGGUGUUGAAAAAUUAUGUCAAGCAACUGAUGUUGAUUUUGGUGAAAAAGAAAAAAUCGAAAAUGGAUGGAUAUUAAAUAAUAAUAAUCAAGAAGAAUGUUUGAUUGUUUCAUUUCAAACACCAGUAUUUAUUAAUGAAAUACAUAUUUAUGAAAGUCUUAAUCCCGGAAGUAUUGUAAAAUUAGAAAUACUGGAAAUUCAACGAAAUAAAUGGUGGACUAUGUGGCAAAGAAAAAGCUCUCCAGAGAAACAAUCAGUAACUCAUAAUAUCUUCAAACCAAUGUUACGACGAUAUCAUAUUCAAUCGAAUACUAUUCGUAUAACUCUUGAUCCAAGAUAUGCAGAUCGGAUAGGCAUUCAAGCUAUAAAACUUCUUGGUUCAAAUAUAUUUGAUGUAAGUUUAAAUCAUAAAUCAUUAUCUCAAUCAAUGAUAAAAUUAUAUGAACAAGCUAUUAAUAAUAUAAAUACUGAUGUACAAUUUAUUUUUAAUGAUAAAAUCAUAAAUGCUCAUCGAAAUAUUUUAUGUUGUCGUAGUGCAUAUUUUCGUUCACUAUUAUUAAAUGAUUUUAUUGAAAAAUUUCAAAUAAAACCAAUUGAAUUAACGGACAUUGAUUAUGAAACAUUUAUUGAAAUUUUAUAUUUUAUUUAUACUGGUACAUAUCAUCAAACAAUAUCAUUUGAUAUUGCUAUGAAAUCUAUGAAAUAUUCAAAUAAAAUUAAUUUUUUAACAGCCAAAAAUGCAGCUAUAGAACAUAUAUGUCGUUGUUUGCGUUUAGAUCAUGAUUUAAUUAUAACAGUUUAUUGUCAAAUUAAAAAUAUGUCACCAACAUUUGAUUUAUUAUUAGAUUAUAUAUAUGAUUUAUGUUCAGAAUAUUUGCAUGAUAUAUGUAAACAUAGUGAUUUUAUUAAACUUGAAAAAGAAUUAAUAAUUGAUUUAAUAUGUCACGCAACAGAACGAUGUAAAAUUCGUGAACAAGAAAAAUUGAAACAAAUGACUUUAUUACAUGAGAAUGCAAUAAAUAGUGAAGAAGAAGAGUAA